AUGUCGGAGGGACAGAGGCGGCCACCUCCUGGUAAAUCCUUUCCAUUUUUGCGACGAGGAGAAGGCCAGAAAGCAAAGAUAGAAUAUCCAGUCCUUAAGAGAUCGUCAAGCAAAUCACGACCACAACCACAACGCAAUUAUGAGCAAUCUCCGCAGAGUGAUGGUGAACGUGAAGUCCCUGCAGUCCGACUUGAAGAUGGUAAUCAACAACGGCAAAAUACAAAACUUGGUGCUGAUGUCGAUUGGCAGACGCCAUCCCUUCCAAGGACUGUUCGGACAGCGGACAGUGGUUUUCAUCAAGAAGGCGAAAACUUAGUCAAUGAUGAUGUUGUGAGAGUAACAGGUGCCAACAUCGUGUCCAAAACUAACCAUAUUUUUAGAUCCCUUCAACGUCCUCUUCUACAAAUCGGGACGACUCUCCCGCUUCAUCGUCAGUGGCUCAAACAAAUAUCGAUCUCCGUAAAGGAGGAGCUCUACCCAUUCAACAGUGGGCUCGGAGAAAGAAUUAUUCCAUUUUCUGGUCCGGCAGUGGCAUCACCUUCACCAGUGCUAGCCAGCACUCCUCAGCCAAGGUCUGAAUGGGACUCGCCCUCGUCUUCACAACCUGUUCCUGCUUUGGAGACCUCAAUUCUUGGAGACGUGACCAACGUAAAUGAUACGCCCGAAUCACGCGAGCAAGUUGAAGAUGCUGCUGGCCAGGUUUUGCCUCCACACGUAAAAGAACCUCAACCGGUUAACCGUCAUGUUCAAAGCAGUGCAGCACCUCAUCCUCAACACGAUCAGACGAGGAAGGACAGCAAUACCAAAAGUUCAGCAGCAACGAAGUCCACAGUGCCCCCUUCACAUGGAGCUUUUCAUCCCGAAAUGAACCGCAUUGGCCGAGACAUGCCACAAUACACUGAUGUUGAAAGGAAGUUGGUGGAGCAGUUGCGAAACGCCAUUGCUCAUCUCGAUCUCGCUGAUAUGGAGCAACAAAUGAGGGCCAAGGAAAAUUAUUCCUUUUCUGGUCCGGCAGUGGCAUCACCUUCACCAGUGCUAGCCAGCACUCCUCAGCCAAGGUCUGAAUGGGACUCGCCCUCGUCUUCACAACCUGUUCCUGCUUUGGAGACCUCAAUUCUUGGAGACGUGACCAACGUUAAUGAGACGCCCGAAUCACGUAGACGUGUCGAAGAUACUGCUAACCAGGUUUCGCUUCCACAAAUGGAACCUCAACCGGUUAACCGUCGUGGUCAAAGCAGUGCAGCACCUCAUCCUCAACACGAUCAGACGAGGAAGGACAGCAAUACCAAAAGUUCAGCAGCAACGAAGUCCACAGUGCCCCCUUCACAUGGAGCUUUUCAUCCCGAAAUGAACCGCAUUGACCGAGACAUGCCACAAUACACUGAUGUUGAAAGGAAGUUGGUGGAGCAGUUGCGAAACGCCAUUGCUCAUCUCGAUCUCGCUGAUAUGGAGCAACACCCAAAUAGUCGAGGAGCCAACACAAGAGCCAGCAUUGCGCAAAGCUCGGGUUCUUUAUUAUAUACAUGUGGAAAAACCGGAGAAUUUUUCCACAUAAUUGACGAAUUUCUAGAGAUAGCGUACGAACGUUUUCGUGAUGACGUUCGUGAAUUCGAAGCAGAGAAGGAAUCUGAAAAGGAAAGGGUGCAGCGCGUACGCCGACAGUUGGAGCGAGAAAAGAGAAUUGCCAGUAAGGACGGCGCUGAACGAGACAAAGAAGUUGCUGAGCAGGUAGAAGAGCUUAUGAAAACUAUUUCUCAAAAAGAUCGACAAAUUUCAACGCUACGACUUCGGUUGCGAAAAGCCGAGGAGCAAGCAGAAUCGAAAGACAAAGAGUUAGCAGAGAACAACAAGAAAGUGGAGCGACUAGAGAAAGGUUGCAAGACGUUGCAGCGCCAACUCGCUCAACUUCGUGGUAAUUAUGCUAAGCAGACACAAGAGAUGGCUGCCGAGUUACAAGCAGCUCGUAAUCACAAUGCACGAAGAAGGGGAACCGUUGGUUUGUUGCCGACUCUGGACAAACAAGCUGCAAAUGAAGAACGAAUAGUGGACCGCCGUGUUGAUACACGCGAGUCUCGUCGACCCUCCCAAGAGAGAUCCAAAUGUGUUAGCUGGGCAGACAAAACCGCUCCCGCGAGCAUUCUCAGUGAAGGAACAACUCCAAAGAAAGGAUCUUACCUUAUGGAAUUGGUGGAGGAGGGAGCUGCUUAUUUUGGGUCAUGUCGCUUGUACAAAAAUGGAGUCGGAGACUGGACAAAGGUUACGACGACUGAAUGCGGUUGUGAUUUGUACGAAUACAGUAAUUCUGAUAUUCGAUGGCUGAGCUGUGAUCGCGCUGUAGAGAUAAACUACUUUGGAAUUAUGGGUGCUACAGUGAUCACUUAUGUCAACGGAUGCAAUAUUAGAUAUUUUAAUGAUGGACAGAUUGAGCUUUACCGCCUGUCAGGGGAGAUUUCUCGUUUUGACUCCAUCACGAAGCAACGGACGGAAACAAUGCUCCAUGGCGAUCGCUCAAGAUACGUCGAAAUAUUCGACUCGAGUGGCUCUUGUCUCCGAAUAGAAGGAUCGAAUAGAAGCUGGCAGCGAUUUGGAGAACGAUCGACGUAUAGAGGCCAUCCAUCCGAUCGGCACGUAUACAAUCACAGUAAUGUGGAGCCGGAAUGGAUAGAACCAGAAUAUAAUGCUCGACGAUGUCCCGAUGGUUCUCUCAAGGUCAAAUUCGCAAAUGUUAUGGUGUGCUGCCUCGGUGUUGAGGACGUCGGCUAUGUGAAACACACGACUCGACUGGAGAACGGUAGUGAACGAAAGCGAAUGUGUGUCGAAUGGGGUCAUGUGGCUCGGGCUAGGCAACGUCAAAUCGAAGCUCGAAAAUGCCAACAGAUGACUGCUCUCAAUGCCACGAUGUAG